CACGGAGUGAGGUGGAGCUACCGCCCGCGUCCCCAGCGGUGCCGCCCAGCGCCGGACUCGGUGACACAACUAACAAUAAAAAAUAUUUAUGGAAUACCAGUGAGUGGUGAUGGAUGAUGCAAUUUUAAUAACUAAGUGAUGUUGUCAGCACUGACAGGGAGAUUCAGCCCAGCACUGAUGCCUGAGGAGUCUGCUUAGGAACCUCCAUUCAGGCCAGCAUGGAUUCCUGGUUCAUCUUUGUUCUUCUUGGCGGUGCUCUAAUACAUGCUAAUGCCAACAACACUACCACAGUUUCACCUUCUUUAGGACUUACAAGACUAAUUAAAGCAUCAUCAACAACAGAAUCAAUUAAAGAAGAGAAUAAAACUUCAAGUCCAACCUCUUCAGUAACUUCUCUUUCUGAGUCACCAACAUUCAGCCCAAAUCUAAUUCUGGGACCCACCUAUGUAGCCACUGUUAAUUCUUCCCACUCUGACAAUGGGACCAGGCUAGCAGCAAGCACUGAUUCUGCAGGCACUAUUUCACCAAAUGGGACAUGGCUUCCAGAAAACCCAUUUACAGAUGCCAGAACAGAACCCUGGGAGAAGAAUUCCAGCACUGCUGCAACCACUCCAGAAACUUUUGCUCCUGCAGGUAAUUCUGACUCAGAGGACAGAAGAGAUGAGACUCCAAUUAUCGCAGUGAUGGUGGCCCUGUCCUCUCUGCUAGUGAUUGUGUUUAUUAUCAUAGUUCUUUACAUGUUAAGAUUUAAGAAAUACAAGCAAGCUGGGAGCCAUUCCAAUUCUUUCCGCUUAUCAAAUGGCCGCACUGAGGAUGUAGAGCCCCAAAGCGUUCCACUUCUGGCCAGGUCCCCAAGCACCAACAGAAAGUACCCACCCCUGCCUGUGGACAAACUGGAAGAGGAGAUUAACCGAAGAAUGGCUGAUGACAAUAAGCUCUUCAGAGAGGAAUUCAACGCUCUUCCUGCUUGUCCUAUACAGGCCACCUGUGAGGCUGCCUCCAAAGAGGAAAAUAAGGAAAAAAAUCGAUACGUAAACAUCUUGCCUUAUGACCACUCUAGAGUCCACCUGUCACCUGUUGAAGGGGUUCCAGAUUCUGAUUACAUCAAUGCUUCAUUCAUCAAUGGCUACCAAGAAAAGAACAAGUUCAUUGCUGCACAAGGACCAAAAGAAGAAACAGUGAAUGAUUUCUGGAGAAUGAUCUGGGAACAAAACACAGCUACCAUCGUCAUGGUGACCAACCUAAAGGAAAGAAAGGAGUGUAAGUGCGCCCAGUACUGGCCAGACCAAGGCUGCUGGACCUAUGGGAAUAUUCGUGUGUCUGUGGAAGAUGUGACUGUUCUGGUGGACUACACCGUACGAAAGUUCUGCAUUCAGCAGGUUGGGGAUAUGACCAACAGGAAACCGCAGCGCCUCAUCACACAGUUCCACUUUACCAGCUGGCCAGACUUUGGGGUGCCUUUCACCCCAAUUGGCAUGCUCAAGUUCCUCAAGAAGGUGAAGGCCUGUAACCCUCAAUACGCAGGGGCCAUCGUGGUCCACUGCAGUGCAGGUGUAGGGCGCACUGGUACAUUUGUUGUCAUUGAUGCCAUGCUGGACAUGAUGCAUUCUGAGCGGAAAGUGGAUGUCUAUGGCUUUGUGAGUCGGAUUCGGGCCCAGCGCUGCCAGAUGGUACAAACAGAUAUGCAAUAUGUUUUCAUAUACCAAGCCCUUCUGGAGCAUUAUCUCUAUGGGGAUACAGAACUGGAAGUCACCUCUCUAGAAACCCACCUGCAGAAAAUUUACAACAAAAUCCCAGGGACCAGCAACAAUGGAUUAGAAGAGGAGUUUAAGAAGUUAACAUCCAUCAAAAUCCAGAAUGACAAGAUGCGUACUGGAAACCUUCCAGCCAACAUGAAGAAGAACCGGGUUUUACAGAUCAUUCCAUAUGAAUUCAAUAGAGUGAUCAUUCCAGUUAAGCGAGGUGAGGAGAACACAGACUACGUGAAUGCAUCCUUCAUUGAUGGCUACCGGCAGAAGGAUUCUUACAUUGCCAGCCAGGGCCCACUUCUUCACACAAUUGAGGACUUCUGGCGAAUGAUCUGGGAGUGGAAAUCCUGUUCUAUCGUUAUGCUAACAGAACUGGAGGAGAGAGGCCAGGAGAAGUGUGCCCAGUACUGGCCAUCUGAUGGCAUGGUAUCCUAUGGAGACAUCACAGUAGAACUGAAGAAGGAAGAGGAAUGCGAGAGCUACACUGUCCGAGACCUCCUGGUCACCAACACCAGGGAGAACAAGAGUCGGCAAAUUCGACAAUUCCAUUUCCACGGCUGGCCUGAAGUGGGCAUCCCCAGUGACGGGAAGGGCAUGAUCAGCAUCAUCGCAGCAGUGCAGAAGCAGCAGCAGCAGUCAGGGAACCAUCCCAUCACUGUGCACUGCAGUGCUGGGGCAGGACGGACGGGGACCUUCUGUGCCCUGAGCACAGUCCUGGAGCGGGUGAAAGCAGAGGGAAUUUUAGAUGUCUUCCAGACGGUCAAAAGCCUGCGGCUACAGAGGCCACACAUGGUCCAGACACUGGAACAGUAUGAAUUCUGCUACAAGGUGGUGCAGGAGUACAUUGAUGCGUUCUCAGACUAUGCCAACUUCAAGUAGUAGGUGACAAGGCCCACAGACAAGAGAAUUGCCUUUAAUAUUUUGUAAUAUUCUGUUUUGUUAAUAUGCCCAAAAUUGUAUAUAUAUAUAUCUUAUAACUGUUUUAGAAAUUGGUACAUAGGCUACUAUUACCUGUUAGGUGGAGAUUUGGUAUGUAAAUGUGUUAGCACUGAUAGUCCUUUUUCCAUUGGGGAAUUAAAUAGUGUGAUGUACAGAUUGAUAUCGUGAACUCCUCAGCCUAGAGAUUGGGCUGGAUUAUUUGCUUUAAACAUCUUUUCCUAAAGAAGAAUAACUCAACACCCAUUCCAGGUAGCUUAUGACCAAGGGAAAAUAAGCACAAAGUUCUCAGAGCUCUUGAGGAAAUGGUUGUCUCACUGUCCCCAUACUGGCAUUGGUCUCCUCCCUGAACUGUAAAUAUAUCUCCCCUCUCCAGCCCACCUCAUACAUCCUAGCAGUCUCCCUCCCACCAUGGGGAAUAAUGAGACCAGAGCGAUAUCUCUGGCACCACACUAGGGAUUAUCAGGUAAUAAAAAUUUUGACUCCCAA